GGAACCGCGGAUCUCGCCGCUGCAGGAGGCGCCCGGCCCAGCCAGCCCGGCAGCCCUCGCCGCCGCCGCCGCGCCCCAGCCCGGCUCUGCUCUCGUGCCCACCCCGUCGGCCAUGCAGCCCCGCCGCGCCCCGGCGCCCGGUGCGCAGCUGCUGCCCGCGUCCGUCCUGCUUCUCCUGCUGCUCGGCGCCGGGCCCCACGGCGGCUGCCGGGCCAGCCCGGUGCCUGCCGCGCCCCUGCCCGCGCCAGGGCCAUGCGCCUCGCAGCCCUGCGGGAACGGGGGCGUGUGCACCCCGCGCCCCGCGCCUGGCCCGCAGUCCCCGGACUCGGCCGAUGAGACCGGCUACCGCUGCGCCUGCCCUGCCGGAGUCUUCGGCGCCAACUGCCAGCUUGUUGUGGAUCCUUGUGCCAGCAACCCGUGCCACCACAGCCACUGCAGCAGCAGCCACGGCGACGGCUACAUCUGCGUUUGCAACGAAGGCUCGGAAGGCCCCAGCUGCGAGCAGGCGCGUCCCAGCCUCCCAGCCUCUGGCUGGACAGAGUCCACAGCACCCAGGCAGCUUCAGCCCGUCCCUGCUACCCAGGAGCCUGAUGGAAUCCUGCCCCGCUCUCAGGCGACGGCGACCCUGCCGACUUGGCAGCCAAAAACCGGGCAGAAAGUUGUAGAAAUGAAAUGGGAUCAAGUGGAGGUGAUCCCAGAUAUUGCCUGUGGGAAUGCUAGCUCUAACAGCUCUGCCGGUGGCCGCCUGGUAUCCUUUGAAGUGCCACAGAACACUUCAGUCAAAAUUCGGCAGGAUGCCACUGCUUCGCUGAUCUUGCUGUGGAAGGUCACGGCCGCGGGAUUUCAGCAGUGCUCCCUGAUAGACGGCCGCAGCGUGACCCUGCUGCAGGCCCCCGGGGCUCUCGUCCUCUUGGAGGAGAUGCUCGCCUUGGGGCCCAAUCACUUCAUCGGUUUUGUGAACGAUUCUGUUACUAAAUCUAUUGUGGCCCUGCGCUUAACUCUGGUGGUGAAGACCAGCACCUGUGUGCCAGAGGACAGCCAUGCCAGUGGCUUCGAGUGUUCGGGAAAAGGACAGUGUAUCACAAAGCCAUCCGAGGCAACUUUUUCCUGCGACUGUGAUGAACAAUACGUGGGUGCUUUCUGUGAAGAGUUUGAUGCCUGCUGGGGGAAACCCUGCCGGAACAACGGGACCUGUGUGGAUGCGAAUGAAAAGCAAGAUGCGAGCAAUUUCACCUGCACCUGCCUUGCUGGUUAUACCGGAGAGCUUUGCCAGUCCAAGAUUGAUUACUGUGUCCUGGACCCCUGCAGAAAUGGAGCAACAUGUGUUUCUAAUCUGAGUGGGUUCACCUGCCAGUGUCCAGAAGGCUACUACGGACCUGCCUGCGAGGAAAAGGUGGACCCGUGCGCCUCGUCGCCCUGCCAGAACAACGGGACCUGCUACGCGGCCGGCCUGCGCUUCCGCUGCAGCUGCAGCGCCGGCUUCACGGGCCCCGCCUGCGCCCAGCUCGUCGACUUCUGCGCCCUCAGCCCCUGCGCUCACGGCACCUGCCGCGGCGUGGGCAACAGCUAUAAGUGCCUCUGUGACCCAGGUUACCACGGCCUCUACUGUGAGGAGGAGUAUAAUGAGUGCCUCUCUGCUCCCUGCCUGAAUGCUGCCACCUGCAGGGACCUCGUUAAUGGCUACGAGUGUGUGUGCCUGGCAGAAUACAAAGGAAUACACUGUGAGUCGUACAAGGACCCCUGCGCUAACGUCAGCUGUCUGAAUGGAGGCACCUGUGACAGUGAAGCCGUAAACGGCACGUGUGUCUGCACACCAGGGUUUACAGGUGAAGAGUGUGACAUCGACAUAAACGAGUGUGACAGUAACCCCUGCCAUCACGCCGGCACCUGCCUGGACCAGCCCAACGGCUAUACCUGCCACUGCCCCCAUGGCUGGGUGGGAGCAAACUGUGAAAUCCACCUGCGGUGGAAGUCCGGGCACAUGGCAGAGAGUCUCACCAGCAUGCCUCGGCACUCCCUGUACAUCAUCAUCGGAGCCCUGUGUGUCGCCUUCAUCCUCAUGCUGAUCAUCCUCAUUGUGGGGAUUUGCCGCAUCAGCCGCAUCGAGUACCAGGGCUCCUCCAGGCCGGCCUAUGAGGAGUUCUACAACUGCCGCAGCAUCGACAGCGAGUUCAGCAACGCGAUCGCGUCCAUCCGGCAUGCCAGGUUUGGAAAGAAAUCUCGGCCUGCGAUGUAUGAUGUGACCCCCAUCGCCUAUGAGGAUUACAGCCCCGACGACAAACCUUUGGUCACACUGAUUAAAACAAAAGAUUUGUAAUCUUUUUUUUUUUUUUGGAUUAUUUUUCAAAAAGAUGGGAUACUACACUCAUUUAAAUAUUUUUAAGAAAAUAAAAAGCUUAAGAAAUUAAAAAUGUUAGCUGCUCAAGAGUUUUCGGUAGAAUAUUUAAGAACUAAUUUUCUGCAGCUUUUAGUUUGAAAAAAGUAUUUUAAAAACAGAAUUUGUGAAACCCAUAGACAACGUUUUAAUGUACUUUCAGCGCUCUGAACUGUGCUCUUCGCCUCGUGUGUGCGCUUUUCAUGGUAGACACUGUCAUGAAACCCAGAUAGUUUCUGUGGUCAUUGCAGAAUAAGUCUCAUCGAGGAGAAGUUCCUGUUUGAUGUGUGAGUGCCGGCUUUCUGAGUAGAGGUAGGAAACACGUAGAGUAUGAUGCAUAAUACAGUAUAUCCGUUACUUAAAAAGAAGCCUGACAUGUUUUGUGAAAAAGAAACUAGUUGCAUUUAUUAUUCCUAACCCGAGUGAAAUUAGCCUUUAUUCUGUGCAUGGGUAAGGAACUUCUUUCUGCUCUGUUCUGAUGAACUUCGUGGGAACAUUCUUUUGAGUUUGUUUCUGUCAUUUUUGUAACAGCCGUCAAGCUAGGCCUGGAAAACAUACGUGGUGAAAGGGCCUAGUGAGGCAAAUUAUGAUCAAACUGAAUCUAUAGUUCCUUUAGAAAGUCAGAGUUUUUAUAUUGUGAGUAAAUUAAGUUUACGUUGGAGCUCUCUGUUGCUAAGAGGUAGUAAGCAUAAGAAAGUACUGGUCCCUUCAGUAGUGAGUAUUUCUCAUAGUGCAUCUUUAUUUAUAUCCAGGACAUUCCUGUGGCUGUGUUUGAUUGAUAUGUGCUUCUUCUGAUUCUUCUAAUUUCAAAGAAAAUUGAAUAAAUGUUACCAAGUCAAGUA